AUGCUGCGAUCAGAGCCUCGGUUCGACCCCAAGCGCAAAAGGGUCGAUUACAAGAAAACCCAGUUUGCAAAUGCCUCUUACAAGGACCAGGACUAUCCCUACAGAUUAUCCUUCUACGAUGUCCCUCCAACGCAGGAAAUCAGCCUGGAGGAGUUCGAGGUAUGGGCUAUCGAUCGAUUGAGAAUCCUGGCCGAGAUUGAGUCCUGUUCGUUCCGAAACAAGUCUCCCCAAGAGACGGCUGCCCACCUCGAACCGCUACUCAAGAAAUAUCUUCCCCUUUCGUCGAACUCCUCUGCUGCCGGCGGCAUCGUCGAUGAACGCCUCAGAAAGGAACGGCGGAAAGACCAUUACUCCCAUUUUAUCCUGCGACUAGCCUUCUCCGGAACGGAAGAUCUACGAAGGCGCUUUGCGAGGGUUGAGACGAUGCUGUUUAGACUUCGAUUCCAAGCAGACGACAGCCGAGAACGCCGGGCAUUUGUCGAGAGUCUCAACUUGAACUGGGAGGUGGUGCAGGAUGACGAAAAACGAGAACUGGGCGAGCAGCUCCUCGCCGCGACGCCGGGGCUUCGGCGGCUCGAGGAGGAAAAUUGGUUCAAGGUGGACUGGACUCGCGUACCCGAGUUGGUCGAGCAUCGGACCGUGCUCGUCAAGAAAGGCAAGGCCUACGUGCCUAUGCGUGAACAAACCAGCAUGGUUCUGACCGAGUUCUCGAACCGCCUCGACAAAGCCCUGGAGUUGACUUCUCGCGCUCUACCGCGGUUAGACGAAGACGACCGACUGACCCCGAUCCUCGACCACUUGUCCAAGAACUUUGCCACUCCGGACGCCGCCUUCUCCGACUCGGACUCUUCUCUUGCCGGGGCGCCCAUCAACGCGGCCAACAUCGACACUCUCUCGCAGCAUUUCCCGCUCUGCAUGAAGCAUCUACACACGACGUUGCGCAAGAACAACCACCUCAAGCAUUUCGGACGGCUCCAAUAUUCCCUUUUCUUGAAGGGGAUUGGCCUCUCGCUGGAAGACUGUCUGAUAUUCUGGCGACAGAGUUUCAAGACCAUCACCGACGACCAAUUCAACAAGGAAUACCGCUACAACGUCCGCCACGUCUAUGGUGACGUUGGAGGCGACGCCAACCGCCGAGGCAGAGGAUAUGCCCCCUACUCCUGUCAGAAGAUCCUGACAGAGCACCCACCGGGGACAGGAGAAGCACACGGCUGUCCAUAUCGACAUUUCAGUGUGGACAACCUCACCAGCAUGCUCCAAGCCACCGGAGUGCACGACCGGGAUGUGCUGCGCGGCGUGAAGGAGGAUGUAGAAAAGAAACGGUUCCACAUCGCAUGCAAUCGGGUUUUCGAAUGGGCGCACAAGGCGGAAAUCAAAAAGGUCAAAGACGAGGGCAUUUGGGGCCCGGCUGAGCUGGAGACCAUUGUCCAUCCCAAUACAUACUUCAAGCGAUCGUAUUUGCUGAAGAACCUAGGGAACUUGCCCAAGCAGGAUGUCAGGAUGGAAGAAUGA